UUGCCAAUGGCAGUGGAAGAGGAGAGAGCCCGGUCAUAAUACCGCUCUCCGUGUUCUCAAUAAUAAACAAAUAGUGAAUGGAAUAUAGCUGAGCAGCCGCUAGCCUAAUUGCUAACUUGAAACAUAAAGGCAACCAUUAAACACCAAACAAAUGCCAAAUGUGGUACUACCAACAACAAAGAACAAUAGCACGACCGAGUAAUAAGCAAAAUGAAAAGGUAGGUAAACAAUACACAGAACCAGAACAGAAUGUUAAGGCAGCAGCGUCCACCACCACAGCAACAGAGUACACAAAUCAGUGGCGGCAGAAACAAGAAACCAGAUUUUCAUAUCGCACAUCGAGCAGCUCUAUCAUCUAUCAGUUGGUAAAGUUAAGCGCAUCAUAACGUACCAUACACCCGUCAUUGUUGAGAUAAUUUUUAGCUGACAUAGGCAGCUGAAGACGAAAUACUUUUUGAUUGAUUGACUAUGUGGAAAAAGCCGGCUUAGCUUAGCGUGAGCAUUAACAAACAAAAGUCUGUCCGAAAAAGCAAUAACGCUGACUGUAUGUAUGUACAUUAAUGGCGUGUUUAGGCGCGUGUUGGUAGUAAACAAAUAAUUACAAGCUACACAGCGCCGAGCUGUGUAGAGAAGACAACUUUAAAAUCUUCAAAUUCAAGUGUGAGGUCAUCACGGAAUAACCUCCAACGUUAUACGGCUGCUGGCGGUAACAUUCUAAAUCUGUGGUGGCUGGUGCGCUUGCCUCUGCCACACCACAAAAACCAAGGCCAAGUAGUGAGUGUGACUUGGCCGGGAGCAGUGAACCGCAUAACAAAAGCAAGCAUACACAGACAUCAUUGUUCACAACAACAAACCACAGCAACGAGUUCUAUUCAAAUCGUUGUACCUAUAUGGACUUGCAAAAGAAAUUGUAUUCCAAAUUAGAGAAAUCUUCGUGAAGCAAUACCAUAAACAAUGGAGAAACUGCUCCCAUUACUCACCCGCUUAGCGAUAACGGUGAGCAGCAUUUUAUUGUUAACACCAUUAUCAUGUUGGUGUAGUUGUGAGACCACAGACCAGAGCCUUACACUGCCGGAUUUGCCACUGGAGCAUUUGAAGCGCUACUUAAACACAUUCGAUAAGGUAAAGCAGGAAUGUCAAAACAAAACGGAACUGCUGCAGAAGAUCUCACAGAAAGAUAACAAAGGUUGUUGGGGCCAUGAAUCGCAUUGCACUAAGGAGAAUCGUUUUCAGACUCCCAUUUGCCCAGGAUCUCAUACAGGAUGGGUGCGCAACAAGGAAUCACAAAUUGAAACAUUCUAUCAACAGGCCGACUUUGGCUACAUCAAACAUCAAAUCAAUGAAAUGAAAUUAAUGUGUGAACCCAAACUCAUAACCGACUCCUCGUUGGAGUGCACUGAAUAUCUGAGAUUUUGUCGAGGCCGCUAUCUUAUGUUGGAUUUUAGAGAUUUGGCCAAGCGUCACGAACGCAUACGCUAUCACAUGGAUGUCCUGCAAAAGGGACAGAUCCAGGGCUAUUGUCAGUUGAAUGAAACGCGCUUGAAAUCUCAAAUGGAUCACAUGGGAGCUUUGCAGUCAUGGUCGCCCGAGCUAAGAAAUUUCAUAGAAGCCACUGAACCCAUUGAGGAAAGUAAUGAGCAGUGUGAUAUGUUCAUAAAUACGCCCACUUUUGCCAUGAAAAUCGAUGCCACCUACAAUAUGUACCAUCAUUUUUGCGAUUUUUUUAAUCUCUAUGCCACGCUGUUUGUAAAUCAAACUCAUAGUUCAGUGUUCGAUAGGAAUACACAAAUUAUUGUAUGGGAAACGUAUCCCUACGAUUCACCCUUCAAGGAUACCUUUAAGGCAUUCAGUGAUAAUCCCGUGUGGACAUUGGAUCAGGUUAAAGGCAAACGCAUAUGUUUUAGAAAUAUUGUCUUUCCAUUGCUGCCGCGUAUGAUAUUUGGCCUGUAUUACAAUACACCUAUUAUCCAAGGAUGUGAGAAAAGUGGUUUGUUUAGAGCUUUUUCGGAAUUCAUACUACAUCGUUUGAAAAUUCCUUUUGAGGAACCGAAAGACAAUAAAAUCCGGGUAACAUUUCUGUCGCGACGCACCAAAUACAGACGUGCCUUGAAUGAAGACGAAUUGCUGCAGGAAAUCAGCAAGAAUGAGAAUUUUAUUAUCAAAAAAAUCUCCUAUGAAAGGGACUUAACUUUUCUUCAACAAUUGGAAGUUACCCGCAACACUGAUAUCUUAAUAGGCAUGCAUGGUGCCGGUUUGACUCAUCUACUCUUUCUGCCAGAAUGGGCGGCCAUUUUCGAACUCUACAAUUGUGAAGAUCCAAAUUGUUAUAAAGAUUUGGCCCGUUUGCGAGGGGUCUAUUAUGUGACAUGGGAGGAACGUGAACUUGUAUAUCCCGAAGAUGAAGGACACCAUCCCGAGGGUGGUGCACAUGCCAAAUUUACCAAUUAUGCAUUUGAUGCCAAGGAAUUUGCACGUUUGGUAUGCAAGGCUGCUACCCAUGUAAGAAAUCAUGAGGAAUUCAAAAAAUUUCAUAUGGAAACCUUAACAACAACGAGCAAAGAUGAACUGUAAAGGAGACUGUGUCUCUGUGUGUGUGUGUGGUUCACUGAGUGAGCGGCGUUUAUAGUAUUGAGAAACUUGAGUACUUAAGAUAAGUGUAGUAUUUUUUUUUUUAAUUGUGAUUUUAUUAAAAAUAAAAUUGAGAUGUUUAUUCUGUUUUUUCUAAAA